UCCGAGAGAGGGAAACCUAAAAAGUCUGAUGCGUCUUUGACAUUCGAUUUCGAAAAAAAGGGUAAUCGUCUUCAAACAUACUUUAGUGCUGAAAAUUCAGAGAGGUCUCUCUCACAGAGUUUUUACAAAAAUGGUGACAAUUCUCUUCUCUGGAAAUGGAAAGAUAUCAYAAAUGGUGCAGAAAAACCCAAGCUAACAUUAGACCUAUUCCUCCUCCAAAGAAACCAAGACGAAGUAAAAAGUGGAGGGAUAAAAUUUUGGAUUUAUAAAGAAAGCAAGUCUCCAAAUUCUAAAAUGCAGAUCGUCUUUCACGGUCCAAGUAAGGACGCGACAGUUAAGGGUUCUAUAACAAGUAAGCCAACUGAUGUCAACCUAGACUUCAAGGGAUGGCGAGGUAUCUGGAUAGCAUACCGCGAAUUCAAUGCCAACGAUUUCCAUCUGAAGAAACUCAAGAAGAUUGAGUUUAUAAUUCAAUCCACGAAGGCUGAUAAACUUUACUUUGACCUGAUCCAAUUUUCUAAGAGUAUUGGUUAUGCCAGUCGAGAUCUUGUGGUGAGUAAAGUUGGACAAAGUGAUCCAGGGAAAGACGAUGCCCCUUUUCACGAUGAUAAAGACUUCUGGCAACAGACUCUCCGCUGGAAUCAAUAUCAAUUUUCWAAAUAUACUGAGACACUUGAAAAUGUCAAUGAUAAGCUAGAAGAUAUUAAAACAAUCGAAAAUCGAAUUGAAAACUGGUACGCAAAAGAAGAUGAGUCAAUCAUUCGCCUCGCAGAUAGGGAUUCAUCAAUAAGCAGCAGMAGUGGAAUAGAUGAUGGYUUUAAUCUUAACAAGAUGAAGGUUAAGCGAUGGAAAAGCCUCCAGACAGCAAUACAACAGGCACRUGUACUAUACCAAAAGAUAGAUUUUCAAAAACGCCGGCCGUCCCUAUUUCCCAAAAGAUCAGACUACGGAAAGGAAGAGAUAAAAGUCGAUUCUAAUUCAAUGACUAAGUUUGGUUAUAUUUUUGCAAAAAUUCUUUUGCCACUAUCACUUGAAUGUGCUUUAAAGAGCAGGAAGGUUGAGGUAGAGUAUCUAGCAAAAAAAGUUUGCAAUGACCUUUCUUCGGGGACAGAUGGAGAAGCAUUCAAUAAAGGUAUUCAGGAUGUUGCUGGAGAGAGCAAAAAUAUGAUAGAAAAGUUCAAGGAAAUAGUAAAAACUUUCAAAAAUAARAAHACAAUUGAAUGUCCACCRGAAGAUUYCMSAGCUUUGGAUAUUGAAAAACUUAUUCAACAAUUUUAUGACUACCUCUAUCAAAGAAUCAAGAUAUUACUGGAGUACCUCCAAGAUCAAGGAAUUGGUGCAGGUAGUUCUCUUGGUUCACUCGACCAUGAAAUGAACAAAAUCGGUUCAGGAUUUGUACACUCCGUUUUCUUGUUAAGAAAUCGCUUAAGAGAAGAUCCAAUGUUCGACARCCUGGUAGAUGCCAUGAAAUGGUAUUCUGACUUUAACGAGAUMUAUCAGCCUGAUGAUGAUUUUGUAUACGAUGGAACAACAACAGAUCGAAUGAGAACAAUCCUCCUGUACAGACUACAGAUCAUACUAAUGAAAAAAAAGAAAGGUCAAGAUGAAAUUCACGAUUUGAAUCAUUUGAAGAAAUGGGCAAAGCAUGCAUUAAAAAUCAACAAAGGUUUCGGAGGUGUGAUUAAACCAGAUUUUACUGGAUUUCACCACAAGACUUUCUAUGGCUCAGCGUACGUCCCCCAAGCAUAUCACAACGCCGCACUCGUUCAGUACUUUCUCGAUGGAACUUCGUUUGAAUUCGAUGCCAAUUCUAAAGCCAAUCUUCGAAAAGCUUUAAGCGUUUUACGUAUGGUGUCAGUUAAGUUCUCAAYGCCAAACGGUGUCUGUGGACGGUUCCCUGGCUAUGAUCGUGCUAUAUUAGCCAGAAUUCUUCCCGCUUACGCUUACAUCAGCUACGUCCACCCAAAAGAUGGAGCCCCAGAAGGUGUCUAUAAACCAGAGAUAUUUCUACGCCUAUUCGAUCUAAAAAAUCCUUCUGUUAUAGAGUACUUGGAAAGAGGUGCUCCCAGAUCACACAUAUACUAUUGGAAUACUAUUGGUUGUCUUGAUUUACUUAAAAAGAUCUCCACAUUAAAGUGUGAAAAYAACAAAGUAUGUACAGCUGAGAAAGCACCGUCAGGACACUGGAGUAAGAACUUUGCAAGCCUUUCCAUUCAUCGACGUAAAGACUGGGCUGUAGCCGUCAAAGGAUUCGGAAAAUACRAUUGGGAUUUCGAGGGUACUACCGUAGCUAAUGCGUAYGGUGUUUUCCAAAGUCAYGGCUCACUUCAAAUAUCAAAUAGCRAAGAGUCACUGAAAUCCUACGACGUCCAAAAUGGUUGGGACUGGACGAAAGUUCCAGGGUCAACAACAGUAGCAUCAGACGACUUUGACCAAAUAAGAGUCAAGGCAAGAAACUACAACUUCCAAGGAUUCGCUGGAGGAGUGAGCUUUUUUGGAUCCCGAGGAGUCAAGAUCCCACAACAAGGAGCAUUUGGGAUGUUAUUUAAGAAGCCAGAGUACAAAAUUCCUAAAGAAGUCACAAACUCUCCUUUGCUAAAUCUUCUGGAGUUCAGAAAGUCAUUCUUUUUCUACAACCACCUUAUUGUGUGCCUUGGUAGCAAUAUUCAAUUCGAGCAGACCACCGUUGAUGGUAUUUACCCACAGACAACUCUUUUUCAAGACAAAAAAUUAAAUGGAAAUUCAAAGAUAUCUAUCGGCAAGAWGCAAAAAGUCUUAGGYGARAAAUACGAAAAAAGCUGGAGUSAGGAAAAAGAUCCAGUCGUCUUAGAAGACUCGAAGGGAAACACUUACCAGAUCAAACUUAUCGAUCACAGCACACUCAAAGUCAAAAUAUCUAAACAAAAAUCUCGAAAAUCCAACGGUGCUGACGAGUCUUCGGCUUGGUAUGGCACUGCUUGGAUUGACCACACAAAGGAAAGUACUACGUCUAAAAGAAAUGAAAUACUAAGAAAUAAUUUUGAGGCGGAAUCAUCUUUUGUGGAUCAUUCCAUCUCAUCUGAAAGUAUUGGAGAUUUCGCUGGUGACACGAACAACUUUAAUCCAAACGAA